UAGUUUUCCUUUGCUGCUAUAAUGUUUAUUGCCCUGGUUCUCGAAGGUCUCACAGUCCUUCAGAGCCCGGCUGCCCUCCGAGCGUCCCCCGGCGAGACUGUGACACUCAGCUGCUCCUUCGAGAACACACAGGGCAGUGUGGCCAAAGCGACCUGGACUAUAGCACCCGGAGUCGUGCUGGAUUCUGCCCAUCCCUUCUACAGCGGGCGGCUCCGUAUGUCCCACCUGGAUCUGCUCCAGAAAGGGGAGGCCACACUGACCCUGUCGGAGCUGGAGCUGCGGGACUCUGGUCUCUACCAGUGUCACAUCAGCAUCCACCGGGGAGAGAGCGGGACGGGAGCAGGCACCGAGCUGCUGGUGACGGGGAGAAACCAGAGUGACACAGGGGCUCCAGGGGGACGUGAGCUCUGUCAGGACUCGGGUCCCCUCGUUUACCGAGCCGUCAUCUCCCUGUCGCUCGUCGUUCUCGUCUCCCUGGGAAUCAUCCUCAGCCUGCGGCCUUGGAACGGCGUCCCCGUGGAUACUGUGGUGGGUGCUGGUUCCGAGCCGCGCCGGCACCGGGGCAGGUGUCUCUGA